AUGGCUCUGUCAGGAUUUACGCUUAACAGGGAGAAACUCUCUUGUUCGAUCUGUUUGGAUCCCCUGAAGAACCCGGUGACGAUCCCCUGUGGUCACAGCUACUGCAUGGAGUGCAUUAAGAACCACUGGGACAGGGAGGAGAGGAAAACCUACAGCUGUCCUCAGUGCAGACAGACCUUUAUGCCGAGGCCUGUCCUGGUGAGGAACACCAUGUUGGCUGAUUUAGUGGAUGACAUGAAGAAAGUAGGACUCCAAGCGACUCCUGCGGAUCAUUGCUAUGCUGGACCUGAAGAUGUGGCCUGUGAUUUCUGCACCGACAGGAAGCUGAAAGCCUUCCGGUCCUGUCUGCAGUGUUUGGUCUCUUACUGCGAGCAGCACCUGAAGCCUCACUGGGACUUUCCCGCCUUGAAGAAGCACAAACUCAUCAACCCGUCAAAGAAGCUCCAGGAGAACAUCUGUCCCAAACACGGAGAGCUGAAAGCCAUUUUCUGUCGCACCGACCAGCAGUGUAUCUGCUAUCUGUGCUCCCUUGAUGAUCACAAAGACCAUUCCACCAUCUCUGCUGCAGCAGAAAGGACAGAAAGACAGAAACAACUCACGCCAAGUCGGCAAAAAAUGAAGCAGCAACUGAAGGAUUGUGAAAAAGAUGUUAAGCUUCUCCAGGAGGAGUUGGUAGCGAUUGGCCGAUCUGCUGAUAAAGCUCUGACAGACUCGGAGAAAAUCUUCAACGAACUGAUUCGUCUGAUUGAAAGUAGAAAGUCUUUAAUCAAGCAGCAAAUAGAGAAUCAGCAGAAGACGGAGGAGAAUCGUGUCAAAAAGCUCCUGGAAAAGCUGGACAAGGAGGUCACCGAGCUGAAAGGAAAAGAUGCUGAACUGGAGCGACUCUCUCAAACAGAGGACCACAUCGAGUUUCUGCACAUGUUCCCGUCGCUUUCUGGACCAGGAGAACGCACGGCGACGUCUCUCCCAAAGCAGCGUACGCGGUGCUACUUCCAGAAUGUUACAGAGACAAUUUCAGAGGUGGGAAAUAAAGUGCAGAGCUUUCUCAGUCAAGACUGGCCCAGAGUUUCCAGGGCAGUGGCUAAUCCGGAUGUUUUACUGCCACUGGAGGAGCUGACAGCCAGAGCAGAGUUCAUAAAGUUCUCCCAACCAAUCACUCUGGAUCCAAACACUGUGAACAUGCAGCUGGUUUUAUCUGAGAGGAACAGAAAAGUGACUUAUAGAAGUAUAAAACAGAUGUACCAGGCCCACAGUGAGCGGUUUCACAACAGGUCUCAGGUCCUGAGCAGAGAGACUCUGACUGGACGUCAUUACUGGGAGGUGGAGUGGAGCGGGUUGGGGGCUUUUAUUGGAGUCGCUUACAAAACUAUCAGCAGAACGGGAGACGAUAGCGAGUUUGGGAAAACUGACAAGUCGUGGGUGUUGCUGUGUUCAGAGUCUCUGCAUGAAUUCAGACAUAAUAACAGCGUAACUCUGAUUUUAGGUCCACAGUCCAAAAGAAUAGGAGUGUACCUGGAUCACAGAGCAGGACUCCUGUCCUUCUACAGCGUCUCUGGAGCCAUGUCACUGCUUCACAGAGUCCAGACCACGUUCACUCAGCCGCUCUGUGCUGCAUUCAGGGCCCAUCAUGGCUUGGCAUCGCAGUCCUCUGCUGUGUUUUGUGAUAUCAAGUAGGCAACUGCUUGUAGAAAAAUGUAAUUCAGUUCUGGUUUCCCUUUAAAGUUCUCUUUGGUACAGUCAGGCUGAUAGUCCGGUAGACUUGGUUCUGUGUUACAUUUUCAGCUGCUGCAGUUCUCUUUCACACUGCAGCACUUUGUCACACCAACCAAACCCUCUG